AUGUCUUCACCAAAAGGCGACGAUGAUUCGUCGUUGAUGCCAGGCCCUCAAGGCAAAACACCACGUUUGUACGAAGUGGAACGGGGACAAAAAACCGAAUCUUAUAUUGUCGCGAUCACUGGAAACAAGGUGCCAGUGAAAUUUGUUAAGGAUGCACCAAUCGUGCCUGGCGCUCCUUCAGAUGAACCGCACAAGGUUAUACUUCUACCAAAAGAUCAGUCAAUCGCAGAAGUACCGCUACACCGUCCCACACAACCUACUGCCCCCAUCGUUGUGUCUCAGCAACCUCAACAACAACCAAAGGUCGAUGUGGUACCCGUAUCGAAUCAGCCAAGCACAAAACAACAACCGCCUGCUGAUAUUCGUAAACCUGAACCUCCGGUUCGCUAUAUACCAUCAACCACCACGACGACUGCUCGUCCAAAUGAUGCACCAACACAACCCAUGAAAAAGUCCACCCCACCACCUAGCUACGAAGAGCACAACGAUCCGGACGUGAAGUAUAAGCCUGCGACGAAAGACGUUAAUAAAGGUUUGCCCAAUGUGGAACCACAAGCCAGAGAUGAGUUGUUGCCGGCGAAAGAGGACAAUGGUAACUUCGGAUUAUCAUUAGCCGAAUUGGAGAGAUACAAAAAUGAUCCUUUCUGGAGAACGCUUAGAUGGAUUUUGUUCGUAUUGUUCUGGCUUCUAUGGAUUCUGAUGUUCUUAGCCGCAAUUCUUAUCGUAGCCCUUAGUCCAGGAUGUGCGGUUAAGGUGGCUCCAAGUUGGUGGCAGAGUGCCACUGCGUAUCAUAUUUGGACGCCAUCAUUCCAAGAUUCUGAUGGCAAUGGAUUGGGUGAUUUGAAUGGUGCAGUCGACCGACUCGAGAACAUUCGUCGACUGGGAGUGUCGGCAAUUUGGGCGUCACCGCUACUGCUCUCGGAUGGUUUCAGCGAUGCGAUACGAGACUUCAGAGCAAUCGAUUCGAAGUUGGGCGUGAAUGCAGAUGGCGAUAAAUUCAUACAAGCCGUUCAUGAUAAAGGAAUGCGGGUAGUGAUGAGUAUCCCGGUGAGUAUCACAUCAAACGAACACGAUUGGUUCAUACGCAGUUCGAAAGCAUCUCUCCCGGAAAACGCCAACUACUCUGGAUAUUACCACUGGCGUUCAUCCGGUGUGGAGCCGUAUAUGUCGGAAUUUAGGAACACUUCCGUUUAUUAUAUUCAUUAUGCAAACAAACCGAAUUGGCCAAUGUUGAAUUGGCAAAAUAGUGCGUUAAGACAAGAGAUGUUUGAUGUGUUUUCUUACUGGAUUGAUAAAGGAGUCGAUGGAUUCCACUUGAAUGAUAUUGAAUAUUUGGCUCGUAUUUCGAACGGCAGUGCACCGAAUUGGCCUGCAAUCUAUGACGUACUGCGUGAUAUCAAGGAUCAUAUUGAAACGUAUGCGAACAAGAGUGAAACGGCAAGUGGAAAGAAAAUAAUCAUAUAUGCAUCUCGCGAUAACGCAAAGGAGAAUGAUAAGAAGCAGUUGGCGGCGAGUGGUCUUGAUUCAGUGAUCAACUAUGAAUUGGGUAUGGUUGGAAAAGCGAAUCAAAUCUGUUACAGUAACGAGGAUAGUAUUGCGGGUUGUGUGCAUGAGUUGUUGUCUGAUGUACUCGCAUUCCACAAGGAUAACGAUCAAGUCAUCCCGAUGUGGGAGUUCGGUAGUCCAUCUCUGCCGCGGUUGACCAGUCGUGUGCAGUCGGCAAAACAGGCGGAAAUGUUGACAAUGCUUCAACUUCUGUUGCCCGGAACGAACAGUUUCUAUUACGGCGAAGAGAUCGGUAUGCAUGAUCUGCGUAAUGAUUCGGCUACACCACCUCAGCGUGGCGCUAUGCAAUGGGAUGAUUCGAAGAAUGCUGGAUUUUCGAGUGCGGAUAAACCGCAAGUGGAAGUCGAUCCGAGCUACAAAAAGAUCAAUUGGGCUCAACAGUAUUCCGAAUCACGUUCACCACUGAAGGUGUUUCAAAAGUUAGCAAAAAUGCGCGUUCGUGAUGAAAUUUUAGCGUUUGGUGAUGCACAUAUUGGUGAUUUGAUCGAUGGUGCAUUCAUCUUGGCCAGAUAUCCUUCUUCAGAACAGAACACAACUCAAGGACAUGUGUUAUUCGGUGCGUUCAAUUUUGGUGUGUCAAGCGUCAAAUUGCCGUUCGCCGGAAUUCCCGUUCUUGCAUCAUCGCCAAAUUUGGGUAGCGCUCAGUUUGUGACGGCAACGUCGAAUACGGAAGGCUUUUACGCACGGCAAGAAAUCGAUCUAAGCAGUGGAGCUGUUGUCGUCGCACCUGAGCAGGGGAUUGUCUUCAAAGUCGCACUAUAA